UCGAUUCUGUGCAUUUGUUAUAACUUGUGGUAGAUUUUGCUUUGAUUUCUACUAAUAACUAGUUCCAAUACAAUGCUCUAUUGUAGAGAUACUAAGAAAUCAGCGCACUGCAACUCGAAUUUACUUCUUCCAUAUGUUUUGUUUAAAAUUUUGAGUUUGUUUCUGGUAAAUUGAUGGUUUGCACUUAUUUUCCAAUUUCUGAUUUGGGGAUUAAUGAUAAUAUUGGAUGGGAGUCUUAACUUAAAAGCACCGGUCAGUUUAGGCAAAAUCCAAGGAAAUGACUUGGAAAUUAGCUGCUGUUGAAAAAGGAGAAAUGAUGGUAAGACUUGUGAUGAACAAGAUUCAAGAGUCUUCUAUCCAAUUGGAAGCCUUGGCGUUAACCAGCUUUACGAAUAAGUUUCAUCUCGGUUUUCAAAGGUAAUUAUGAAAUUGUAUUUUUUUAAUCAAUUAUUAGCAAUCUUUCUCUAUAAAUAGGGGGUUUUCCCACUUUCCAUCACACCAUAUUGAAGGAGCUUGAGGAAUUUCGUGCUUUCAUAGUUAUGGAUUCCAUUCAUUGCAACAGAGCAAAUGAAUUGCUGCAAGCUCAAGUUCAUUUGUAUAAUCACAUAUUCAACUACAUGAAUUCUAUGUCCCUCAAGUGUGCAGUUCAGCUAGGCAUACCGGAUAUAAUCUACAACCAUGGCAAACCCAUCAUACUUCCUGAGCUUGUCUCAGCACUUCACGUCCACCCAACCAAAAUCAGUUGUGUGUAUCGGUUAAUGCGUCUGCUGGUGUUCUCUGGAUUCUUUUCUACCACCAGAGUUCCUAAUGGUCAAGAAGGACAAGAAGCUUAUGUUCUAACACCAUCUUCUAAGCUACUUGUCAAGGAUAACCCCAAUUCCUUGAUACCCUUUGUUAAUUCAUUGCUCAAGCCAGAUUUUGUCUCUCCGGGACAUUCCUUGGGAGAUUGGUUCCGAGGCAAUGAGGUUACUGUGUUUGAGAAAGCACAUGGAAUGACAUUUUGGGAAUAUAAUGGCAGGAACCCUGAAUUUAACAAGCUUUUUAAUGAAGCUAUGGCCAGUGAUUCUCAGAUGAUGAACUUGGUCAUUAGAGACUGCAAGCCAAUUUUUGAAGGGGUGAAUUCCCUGGUUGAUGUGGGAGGUGGUAAUGGAUCACUUGCUAGGAUCAUAUCUGAGGGAUUCCCUCAUAUGGAAUGUACUGUACUUGAAAUUCCUCAGGUCAUUGCCAAUUUACAAGGCACCAAGAACUUGAAUUAUGUUGGAGGUGAUAUGUUUCAACACAUCCCUUCUGCAGAUGCCAUCAUACUUAAGUUAAUUUUGCAUGGUUGGAGUGAUGAGGAAUGUCUGAAAAUACUGAAGAAAUGCAAAGAAGCCAUUUCCAGCAAAGGGGAGGGAGGAAAGGUGAUUGUCAUAGACUUGGUAAUAAAUGAGAAGAAAGAUGGACAUGAACUUACAGAAACAAAGCUCCUUUUUGACAUGCUGAUGAUGUACGUGAGUUCUGGAAAAGAAAGAACGGUGAAAGAAUGGGAAGGGCUAUUCUUGAAAGCAGGUUUCAGUCACUACAAGAUAACCCCCUUACUUGGUUUAAGGUCCAUAAUUGAAGUUUAUCCUUGAAGGGUGAAGAUAACCCAUUUCUUAAAAUCUUGAUACUUCUGUUUGGAAUCAAGAAUUUUGUAAGAAUUCAAUGGAACCUUUGUCAUGCAAAAUUUUUAUUUGAAAUAAAAGAAUUUACAAACAGAAGUC